AAAAAGAAAACAUUAGCCAUCAUCCAUCAGCAGCAGCAGUGCGAAUCAAACGAGUGUGCAGCAGCAGAAAGAAAUUCGAUUCUACGAACGUUUAGUCCAUUCAGUCAGCCAGCAAAGCCAGAGAAGUUUAGUGCGGAAAGGUCUAGUGCAUCAGCAACAGUAGCCAGUUGCCCCGGAAGCAGCACCUUUAUUGGAAUUAAAAGCGAAAAAUUCUCGGAUACCGCAAAAGGAAUUUUGUCUAGUUCCUUUGUGUGUCAUACGUGCAGCAGCAGCAGCAGUUUCAUUCGGUGGAAUAGCCAGUAAGAGGCUGGAACUUUUCGCGGGUGUGUCCCAUCAGCAGUGAUAGUUGCCUGCGGAAUUUGCGUGAAUCGUAGCACCUUGAGGGAAAAUCAGUGUGCAUUCAAGGGAAGAGGGUUGGUUGGAUGAGGUGGUAAAAGCUAAAGGAAGAGAGAAGGAAGCAAUCAGUGGAAAGCUCAAAGUGUUGGUUGUGUGACUUGUGCGGUGCCGUGCCAGUGGCAAAUCGACAACACAGUUGUUGGGGUGUGGAAAGAAAAAUAUUUUUUUAUCUGCUACCGAAAUUGUCGAGCGGCGACGACGACAACGUUUGAAUCAAGAAGAGUAAAGAGCAGUCAGUAAAGCGAGAAGCGCACAGAAGAAAAAAAAUCCGAGGCAAGCGGAGCAGAAAAGCAGAAGCAGUUUCGUUUCGAUUCCGAGCACCGAAAGGCGACACGAAGUUCUCGUUCAAAAUGGUUAUCAAAGUGUAUAUCAGUGGAAUGUCCGGCAGCAAGGAGGUGAAAAAACGCCAGCAGCGAGUGACGAUGAUCCUCGACAGCAAGCACAUCCCCUACACGAUCGUCGAUAUCACAGAGCCCGGCCAGGAAGCGGAGAAGGACUUCAUGCAGAAGAAUUCCGAGCACAACGGGGCGACGAUCAGCGAUCAGAACCCGCGUCACCCGCUACCCCCGCAGAUGUUCAACGAUGCCGAGUACUGCGGGGACUACGACGACUUCGACUUGGCCAACGAGGUGGACAACCUGGAGGUGUUCCUCAAGAUGGAAGCCCCGAAACCGGUGAGCGAAGACCAGCAGAGGAAUGGCACCGGCGACGCCGUCCAGGACCAGCAGAGCCAGGUGACAGCGGCGGCGGCGGCGGCGACGGAGGCGUCGACGGAAGACGACGAGGACAAAGAAAAUAAGACUGAAGAGGGAGCGAACGAGCAAAACGAGGUCGAAACAAACGAGCAGACAACCAACGACGAAUCCGAAACGAAAGAAGAUCGAGAUGACGAUGCAAUAGAGCGGGAAGAGACUGCAACUGCCGUUGAAGAUGAGAAACUAGAGGAGAAGAAACUAGAACUGGUCGAAGCAUCUAUGGAUGCUGAUGAUUCCUCGCAUCAGAUGCAAGAAGAUGAGAAAGUGGUAGGAACGGUAGAAAAUAGUGACGAAGAUAAAGAACCUGAAGUUGCUGAACACAAAACCAAAGAACUGUCGGAAAACGAAGCCGAGGAACCUAUGAUUGUUGAUGAAGAAAGCAAAGAACCUGUCGAAGCCACAACAGUAAACGCGAGAACACCUCAAGAUGCUGAAGACAACGAAGAAAAUAGUAGGAGCAUCCUGACAGAGCUUCCUUCAUCGGAAGCAUCAGAAUCAGAAACUAAAGUAGAAAGUGUUGACCCGAUUACAGAGAAACACUCAGAAGAAACUGAAGAACAUACUGACGCAGAAGUAGAUGAAGUGACUCAAGAAGGUGAAACGGACAGUUCUCAAAGUGUCAAGAAAGACUCUGAACAACCCAUGAGCCUUGACGACGAAGACAGUAAAUCCGCAGUACCAGUUGUAGAUACAGAAAAUCAGAACAUCGAAGAAGAAUCAGUUGAAAACAUAGAAGAGAUCAGCGAUGAAACCGAUCAGAAACCAGUCGUUGAGAACGAGACACCAAUGUCUCCCAUCACGACAGAUGAAGAAAGUACCCCAUCCGACGAACCAACAGCAGAUCUUCAACCCACGGUGGAAAGCGCCAAAGAUCCUCCGCCGGAAAAUGAUGAAAUUGAAAACGAACCAACAAUGGUCGAAGCUGCUGGUGGUGGCGGCGAUGAAGAGGAUGACGAUGAAAGUGACAGUGACGAACCCGUAUCGGUGAUGGAGGUGACAAAAGCAGUUGAUGACGGCGAAGUAACUGAAGGCCUGCUCCUAGAUAAUCCGGUGGAAGAGGAAACUGUUCAGGAGACCGGCGGCGAUCCGAAGGAAACUUCUAGCGACGUGCACGGUUACGACGAAGAUUUGGCGGAGCAGAGGGAACUUCUGAAGGCGGCCGCUGCCAUGGGAGAACGAGAGGACGCCGACGAGGAAGCCGAAGAGGACGUGGAGAUUGCCGAAGAGGAUGACGUAUCCGGCAAACUAGUGGACACCGACGAUCCCAUGUUGGCCGAGCAAGAGCAGGAGGAGUAAGUCCUAUCGCCUCCCGAAACCUCGUAUCACUUCAAUCAAACCAAUCUUUAGGAAAAGGAAAAAAACAACUGUGUAGUAGCUGUUCAAGAAAUCCCACGCGUUUAGUUUGUUCUCUCCGUCAACUUAUCGAAAUUUUCAACUGAAACUAGUAUAGCAUCAAUGUUACUAAUUUCGACUUUAGGACUCCCAUCAUAUGAAUAAUUCUGUACUUUGUAAGAACUACAUUAAGGUGAAACAUGAAGCAUUGAUAAGACCAGUUUUAUUUUUAAAACAGACACACACAAUACACUCAAACAAACUGACGUUCGAUACUCUACGGAAGCGUUUCAAAUAAGAUAAGUUUUAUUCAAAUCACUCUGGCUGGCUUGAGACGCAUCGAUGAAGUAUAAGUUUUUAUUAAAAGCGAAAACCCGAACUACAAACGAUUCCGACGAUUGAUCUAUCCUGCUCUGAGCGGUAUUCCUGUUAGGGGCUGUUCAUAAACCACGUAGACCAAAAUUUGACCAUCUCAGAACCCCCCUCCCGCCUCGUAGACUUUCGUCCAUACAAAAUUUUUGAAAUUUGUAUGGAGCGUAGACUUUGGCCAGACCCCCCCGCCCUCCUCCCAAAAAGUCUACGUGGUUUAUGAACGGCCCCUUAAGAGCAUUAGGACUCUGAAUCAAGAACUGCCCAAUCGAACAAGUUUGUAUCCAUCGUGUAGGAAAAACUAACCCAAGAACGAUUCCCGAUUGUUUUUCAAUAAUAAAUACCUAGAAUGUUGUUGAGAAUUGGGGCAGCAGACCAGGAGAAAGUUCUCACGAAAAAUCUGUAUAGUGAGGAUGAUGAAUCGUGAUAUGAAGAACCCUUUCGACCGUUGUCAGCUAACGAAGAACACGGAACCUAUAAAACGGUGAUUUUUGCCAAGCCCACACGCAAUAUUAGAUUUCAGUAAUAAAACACAUCGUUACAAAACAAAAG